AUGAGUAAUGAAAUCGCCGCCUUCGAAAAUGAGAUCAGAGAGUAUAGGUUACAGCUGGAAACGGUUCAACUGGGUCUACAAGCUGAUCCGGACAGCGCAGAGCUUCAGGAAUUAAAGACUGAACUCGAACAAGUCAUCUCCCUCACCGAAGCAACGAUCGCAGAGCUAAAGCCCCCUUCAGCCCCAGUAGAAGUAUCGAAGAAGACACAAGAUCCGCCAACGAAGGAGAAAUGGUCCAGAGAAAAUCACCCUGCUUUCAAGAAGUCAAAUGCGCCCACGCCGACCGAAGAAGCCGAUAACCCAACGACUUUCAAAGUGAACGAUACAGUGAUGGCAAAAUGGCAUUCUGGCGAUAAAGGAUUCUAUCCAGCACGAAUCACUUCAAUUACAGGUUCUUCUACGAACCAGGUUUACAUUGUCAAGUUCAAAAGUUAUGACUCGACAGAAACCCUGAGAGCCAAGGAUAUCAAACCCAUGAUCAAUCCAAACAAGCGUAAAGCUGAUGGCACACCAGUUGUUGCUUCAUUACCAUCUCCCCCGGUCAACACGAACGUCAUAUCGGCUGCAGCAGAUAUCAACCCAGAGCUUGCACAUCAGACCAAGCGUGAGCCAAGUAAGGUCAGUGAUGGUCCCGUUCGACCUGCAAAAGUUCCCAAGAAGAUCAAGGCAAACAAAGAAUUGGAAGCUGGCAAAUCAAAGUGGCAGGACUUUGCGGCCAAGGGCAAGUUUGGGAAGGCUACGAAGAAAGACAGCAUGUUCCGCACGCCAGACGGCGUUAAUGGUAGAGUUGGUUUCACAGGCUCUGGCCAGAGUAUGAGAAAAGACCCAACCCGCAGUCGUCACAUCUACCAGACCAACGGAGACGAGGAGUUCUAG